AUGGCAGGACAAGAGAGCCAAGCUCAUCAACAGACCGGUGGUAAAUCAACCACGGCCGAACAACCGGUAGUGCGCAAGAAAGUCAAGCGUCGACCGGCACGGAAACAGGUCACGUUGGAACAAGCUGCUGCUGUCAAGAAACAGCCGGAGCAGAACGGACAGACCUACAACGUUUGGUAUAAUAAAUGGGCCGGUGGUGAUCGAUACGAUUCAUCUACUCAGAAAGAGAAAUCCCAGACGCGUUGUAAGAUCGCUACUGAUGCUGGCUACACCAGGGCCGAUGGAGGAAACAAUGCGUAUUGUUGCCUGUAUUUCGCACGCGGUUGCUGUCCUUACGGCUCUGAAUGUUCUUUCCUGCAUCGGUUACCCCCGCCCCAAUCCACCCUACCUGACGCCUCCUUGGACGUUUUCGGAAGAGAGAAACAUUCUGAUUAUCGAGAUGAUAUGGGCGGCGUGGGCUCGUUCUCUCGCCAGAAUCGGACUCUUUAUAUCGGCCGAUUGCGAGAAGUCAACAGUAAGACUGAAGAGAUGGUCGAAACUCAUUUUCAAGAGUGGGGUGAAAUCGAACGCAUUCGAGUUCUACAUGGUAGAGGCGUCGCUUUUGUGACCUACGUUUCAGAAUUGAAUGCGCAAUUUGCAAAGGAAGCCAUGAUGUGCCAAAGCAUGGUAGAUGAAGAAGUGCUGAAUAUCAGAUGGGCAACGGAAGACCCCAACCCAGCCGCCAAGCGAUCAGAACAUGCAAGACUGGUGCAGAUGGGGAGCGAGCGGAUAGCCGCGAAGCUUAAUCCAGAGCUAGUCGAGGCAGUUGAGGCACUCGACCGACUGGAACAGGGCACAGACGACAGUCCCCAGAAGCGGAGCCAACCGGAUGAAGAACCGGCUCGAGAAAGCAAACGUACCCGACAGGACUCUCCUCCUCCGCUACCCCCUCUCCCACCACCACUCGAACAUCCUUCACUCGAACCGGUGCCCGCAAACCUUACUCCUAGCCUACCCGUCCAUCAUGGACUGAUCUCCUCUGAGGCUCUCCAAAGCUUGCGCAGUCUCGCUGCUGCCAAUAAGGCCCAAAUCCCCGGCGCUAAAGCUUCUAUCAAACCUUCGCCUCUCAGCGGCUUGGCUGAUUACGGCUCUGAUGACGAAUCUACUUAG